AUGUAUGUUCCAUGUGAUUUCGUACCAGCUAGUGAAGCCGGCGGGACGUAUGUGCAGUCUGCCCGAGGCAAAGGCCUUACCCCGGGCAGCUCUGGUACCACUAUAGAUGUGGUUGUGGAUGUGAAUGUUGGCGUGCGAGGAGAGCUCAUGGGGACCGCAUCUGGAGAUCUUCUGGUCGGUGCAGCGAUGGCAGCGAGCUGUUCCGCAUUGGAUGCAGGCGCUGUAGAGGGACGAGUUGUGAGGGCCGAAGUUGCAGCGGCAGCAGUACCAUAA